CGCAUUUUUAUUCCAGUUUUUCUCCGCCUCGCCAACAGUUUAAUGGUAUGAGACAAAGUGCAUUGACAACCACAGCUCCGCUCACCCAGGAGGGCUGUAGAGAGACGAUGAUGUACUUUGCACUCAAGUUUCUUGUCGAUGACCCGCUGUUUGAGGAGGAACAGCCAUACGAGCUCUUUGGUGCCGUGCUGAAGCCCGGCGCAAAGGCACCGCCAAAGUUCACCAACUGCUCGUAUCACGUGCAACCCGGAGUGACAGUCCAAGAUGUGAGAGACUACAAAUCUGGUGCGAGUCUAGACGCAGAAGGGUUCACGUUUGUGAAACACAAGACAAGCUGUCAUUUGUCUGUCGAGCAUUUUGAGGCCGCAGGACGAGACGCGCAUAACCAGGUCGUACUGGGCUACCUAUCCGAGACUAUUGCCCUAGUCGAGCAGCAUCGUGUGCACGAAAAGGUCAGUUGCAUCGAUUGGCGGUUCCGACGUAGCCAAUCUCCUUCGGAGGCACCCAAAGCGCCAUCGACUUCUAAAGUGCUCGAGGCUCGAGUGCAGCCCCUACUGCUUGGUCUCCUGAUGCAUUGCGAUAGGCAGACCCACCCUUCCCAUCCUCUCUCACCCCCCAUUGUGCUCAUGGACCGCGCCAAUACCAACUCAACGAGCAGACUUCUCACACCAAGGCGGCCGUGAUCGCUUGGAGAUUCACUUGACCCAAGACGAGCUCGACAUGGUGGACAGUGGGAAGUGGCAGGCUGAGAUCAUUAAUGCCUGGCGCCCAUUGAAGACGGUCAAGAUCGCUCCGCUCGUCGUCACGGACCGCCGCUCUGUCCUGCGCGAUGACCUGAUCGAAUGCCAUCAAGUGAUGCCGGACCGCGUGGUGAAGAACUUGUACCUCAAGCAUCGACCCUACCGCCAGUGAUAUUUCUUUUCGGACCAGACCCCGGACGACAUGGCACUAUUCAA